AUGCCAAGUGAAUCUCCAGAAGACAACCAGGCUGAGGCCAAUGAUCAAGCCAAGCCCGUGACAGAAGGUCUGGCCUGCAAUGGUUGUCGAAAGGCUAAGCUGCGCUGUUCGCGAGAUCGCCCGAACUGCUUGCAUUGUCGGAAAACUGGACUUGACUGCAUAUACGAGUCGAAACGAAUCAAACCGGGCCUCAAGUCAGGAGCGGUCGAGAACCUACAUAGAAGACUAGAUGAAAUAGAACAUCGCCUAGCGAAGGGAGACGUGGAAUCCACCAAACGAUCCCGUAACGACGUUGAUGCAUCAACAGCUAAUGUCGGUGGUGGUGGAGAUUCAGUAGCUCAGAGCAUUCUUGCGCUCCUGGCAAGAGAGCUUCCAAAACUGGUCACCCAAGGACAGAACGAGUCUACACCAACAUCUGAAUCGAGUUUCCAGACCUGCAAGCGACGUCGAGAAGAUGACGCCCUAGACAUUACGUCACGAAUGGACGAUGCGCCGUCCCUUCCGACAGCAGAUAUCUUGGAGCCCAUAUUGACUGCCUACUUCACACAUGUUCAUCCUUGGAUUCCAAUGAUACAUCAGAGUCGUUUCUUUGAGAGAGUUGCGGAUGAGACACAACGCGAGCAGUUGCUGAUCGUCAUCCAUUCUAUGGUGUUGGCUGCGUACAAAUUCGUACCAGGCGCAGGCAUAUACAUUCGUGCCCAAACCAGAAACUGGAUCAUCUGCAGCGCCAUGGGGAGUCUUAAGCUCGAGCAUCUGCAGGCUCUGAUCAUCCUAGCGUUCAAUGAUUUUGGAGACGGAAAUGCCGAGAAGGCUUGGUCGAUCAUCGGUUCCAUGACUCGAACCGUAGAGUACAUGCAACUGGCACAAGAGCAAGAGGAAGGCGAGCAACGACCAUUUUCUCAACCAUUCGCGCCCCUGCAAUAUGCGGUCCACUGGACCGAAGUGGAAGAAAGACGGAGGGUGUUCUGGAACGUAUUCCUUCUCGACAGGUUGUGCUCAGUAACACAAGGCUGGAACACCAGUCUGACUUCCGACGAUGUCUUUCGAAGACUUCCAUGCGAUGGCUAUCUUUGGAGGAAAGAAGAGCCUGUUUCGACGCCUUAUUUUGGAAUCUGGGACAAGUCGAAAGGCCGCAUUGGAAAUCCUAUCGAUUUUAUGUCCCGUCAUCCAUCACCAGGUCAUGGCAGCAGCAACGUUAAGUUUCAUGACACAAUUGGCGACCCUCCAACUAGUGCGCCUUAUCCUCAAUACCAACACUCGGACAUGUCAACUGUCGGUGCAUUCGCCUACAACAUUGAAGCGACCGAAUCCAUGAGCCGCGUCAUGAGUUACUUCUUGCAGCAGAAAGUGAACGUGCGCGAUCAGGGCGAUAUAAGUUCGUGGCUUACCCGAUUCAAAGAGUUGGAUCUGCGAUUGGUUCACUGGAAGAUGUUACUACCACAAAAAUGGAAAGCAAAUCCAAACCUUACACGGCAGGUUCCACUUAUGGAUCCCAAUCUUACGACUGCACACAUCACACAUAACGCCUCCAUGAUCCUUCUACAUCAGACAAUCGCUUAUCCUCCGUUGCACUGGGGUUUUCGAAAUCGACUACCAAGCGGCUGUAGCGCGGAAGCCUGCUAUUUGGCAGGCGUGGAAAUUGCCACAAUCACUCAGAAGUAUUUGAGCAAGUCAUUGAGUAAUUCUCCAAUUGGAAGCCAAUACGCUUUCUGCAUAUUCAUUGCUGCUCGAGUUCUUCUUGUCCAUUGGCGCUAUGAGACAGAAGACCAGUUACCUGCGGAAUUUUGGUCACUUGUGCAUAGCUUGGAUGAGAUGUCUUUACGAUGGCGCGCAUCUGCUCAAGUAUCGUCCCAGACGCAAAACUUGUUCGGAAAAUAUGCCUCACGUCUCAAGGAGCUUUACGACAAGUGUUCGACAGAUCCGAAUUAUCGAAUUGAUGUCAUGAAUUACACAAGCGAUAUCCAGGACCGUCACCCUGAUUCAGAUUCAGUCUUUGGAUACAGUCUUUGGCCAGUGGCUCCCCAACCCGUUACACAUCUUAUCCCCGAAGGCACCGCAAUUCUCCCAUCCAACGCUCCGGAAUCAAUGGACUUCACGUCUAUCCCAUCGCUUGAUCAGAGCUUCGUUGAUCUGGACCGCGUUAUUGCCUUCGAUGAUGGAAGCAUGUUCACAGCAGCGUUUGAUGCUGCAGCUGUAGGCUGGUAG